AUGCCGUUAUACGAGCAAGAACAGUUCCCCAUGUUCAACGACCCCGCGAAGACGCUCAUCACCCAGCGAAGCAACCUCGUGGACGCAAUCUAUUUCCGCGGCACUGCGCUCGCUGCAGAUGCUAGACUCUUACGGCUCACUUCCCUCGCGUCGCGUAUGGAAGACUCCGGCCACAUCAAGCAUGGCGAAGAUGGCACUCACGUCAGAGUGGCAGUACCAGCAGUGAUCGAAUUUGGAGAAGACCGUCGUGCCGCACUGAGCCGUGGCAACAAGCGCUGGCUAGUGAGCAACAGAGGUCAGUACGCAUCCCCCUAUGUCAACGACAAACAGCCAGAACCUCGGGCUCUUUUGCGGGAACGACAAAAGUCUCGGUUUAUGUUUGGAACCAAGAAGGCGAAAAAGUAUGCAAUUGAGUUUGGUCACGACUUCCUCUACAAGCCUGCCAGACCAUAUGAGCUUAAUCAGCAGCUUGAACGUGGCCGUACCACGAAGCGUACGCAUGCCGGCGCGUUCCACCGGGAGAAGUUGAUCGACGCAUUGACCAUGCUGCGCAAUUCCUAUCCGGUUGAGUACGAAGCCGCGCUCAUGGAAGAACAAGCGGCCGAACGAAAGAAGGUCAACAAGAAGGUCAAAGCCGCCAAGGUAGGAACGCCAAUGCCGUCGCCGACCACACCUCCCCAAAGUCCGCCCCCAAAGCGCUUCUCCACCCAUUCAAACGCCAGCGAUGUAUCUUUCGCAUCGUUUGUUUCCGCGGACACCUUCGGUAUCGGCAUGAAUAGCACCAGGAGGAAAGCCAGCAAGGUCGCUUCCGCCGUGCGGAAAGUCACCUCGAAGGUCCCCGGCUUGCGAUGCCUCAAAGGCGCGAAUGACCCCUGA